CGUCCUUCCGGGGCCCGUCCCUUUCUAUCAAUUGCGCUUCUGGUUUCGACUCCACUCAUACACGCUACACUCUCCACUCUCCACUCUCCACUCAACUCCACUCAAAAAAUCAAAAAAUUCCAAAUAUGGCACCCUCAUUAGAAGAUGUUGCAAGUCUCAAGGACUUGGUCAAAAAGCUGCAGGAACGGAUAGAAAAACUCGAACUAAGCAUCACUGGGGAUCCCGGCAGCGGGGCGGAUGCUCCAGUCGAUUCACUUAGGAUGAUUCUUAUGGGGCCUCCCGGUGCUGGCAAGGGCACACAGGCUCCAAAGAUCAAAGAGAAAUUUUGUAUCUGCCACCUGGCAUGUUUUCUCUUGCGAUGCAAAUAUUCUGAGGGCUAUUAUCAAUACUAA